UGUGCUCUUCGGAUCUGGGAAACAAUAUCGUGAUCCACGAUGAAAGAGGAGUGGAAUAGCUUGUGGUCGGCGGCCUUGGCUGUCCUUGGCUUACUUGGUAUAUUUUUGGGGACGCAUCUAUGGAGGAACUUUAAAGUACUUUGGUAUUACAAGAGUUUUAAUGUGCCGUACAGCAAGCCAGUAUUCAUAUUUGGCAACAUGCUGCCGAUGGUGCUGAAGAGAAAAUCCUUCGCUAAAUUCAUCAAGGAUUUAUACGACGAAUUUCCGAAUGCCCAGUACUCCGGUGCAUUUGAAUUCACAAAUCCCGUCUACGUUUUGCGAGAUACCGAACUGAUAAAAUCGGUUACCGUUAAAAACUUUGAUCACUUUCCCAAUCACAAACCCUUCGUGGACUCGUCGAUGGAUCCUCUUCUCGGUGGCAAUUUGUUCUCCAUGACAGGCGAACGUUGGAAGGAGAUGAGGUCCAUAGUUAGCCCGACGUUCACAUCCAGUAAAAUGCGCGUGAUGUUCGAGCUGAUAUCAAAAUGCGCGGACGACUUUACGGAUUAUUUAGAAAAACAGCCCCGCCCGUUUACCGUUGAAAUGAAGGGUCUCUUCACGAGAUAUACGAACGACGUGAUUGCCACGGCCGCAUUUGGCAUUAGCGUUAAUUCUUUAGAGAAUCAGGAGAACGAGUUUUACCUCAUGGGCAAAGACGCCACAGACUUUAGCGGCCUGCGGGCUGUUAAGAUGUUCCUGUUCUCCUGGAGUCCCGCACUGAUGAGGUUAUUGAGACAGACCUUCAUCUCGCACAAAGUGGCAACAUUUUUCCGCAAUAUAGUCGAGGACACGAUAUCCACGAGAAUUAAGGAUGGAAUUGUCAGACCGGAUCUGAUUCAUCUACUGAUGCAGGCCAAGCAUAAACAGGGAGACGAAAAACUCUCCAUCGACGAAAUUACAGCGCAGGCGUUCAUUUUCUUCUUCGCCGGUUUCGACACCGCUUCGACACUGAUGUCCUUCACCUGUCACCAGCUGGCCGUUCAUUCCGAUAUUCAGGAUAAACUGAUCGCCGAGAUCGACGCCGCGUUCGAAGAGGAGGGUGGCAAACUCUCUUACGACAAAGUCAGCCAACUCAAGUAUCUCGAUAUGGUCUUGAACGAAACGUUGCGCUACUAUCCGCCUGCUGUAUUCACUGACCGUUUAAGCGACCUUGAAUUUGAGUUGCCGCCGCCGAACGAGACUGGCAAACCGGUAAUCGUCAAGCCCGGGACUCGAGUCUGGAUUCCGAUAUACGCCCUUCACCAUGACCCUCAAUAUUUCCCGGACCCUGAGAAGUUCGACCCGGAGAGAUUCAGUCCGGAAAACAAGGGAAGCAUCAAUCCCUUUGCUUACAUGCCAUUCGGCGUCGGUCCCAGAAUCUGUCCCGGAAACAGGUUCGCCCUGAUGGAGACCAAGAUCGUGCUUUGCUGUCUUUUAAGGAAAUUCCACAUUCGCGUCGGUUCCAAAACCCACGUUCCUCUAGUCCUCAACAGAAAAAGCCCAGCCAUGGCGGCCGAGCAUGGAUUUUGGUUGGAUUUGGAAUCGAGGAAACCGGCAGUUUGUUGAUUUUGCAGAAAAUAUGGAUUUGUUGAAUUCUGCUGUAUAUGACGAGAGAUGUUUAAUUCAGUGAAAGAGGUUUCACGGUUGAACUGCCACGAAACUUGUUUUAAUUUUCUUGUUUAUUGUUUUUAUUUUAUGGUUACAAGAUGAGAACCGGUUGGUAGAAUAGUUAAAAAAGAAACCUACAACCACGCUGUAUAUGUAUGCAAAAAAAAAAAUCACCUUGCGUAGUUCAUUGCAAUAAAUACUGCGCCAUAGAGUUAAAA